UUUUGGAUCAAUUGAAUACAAUGUGCAUGUUGAAAAUUAACUUCAAAAACAAAUAUGAUAACGUCCUUUUGAGACAACUUAUUGUAUUAAAUUACAAUCAAUAUUAUUUAUCUUGUGAUCGUUUUGUUACGUUGGAGGAGUGCGUUCUUAAGCUUCGCACACGUAAAUUUUGCUGAUUCAAAGUCUGCCAUAUUCAUUUAAAGAUAUAAUGCAGUGUUCUGUGGAAGCAGCACACAUGCCACUCCGCCUUGUUGUGACUGAAUUAUGCGUAAAUAAAAAAUACUGUAAUUUAAUAACCGAUUGAAAUAUAAGCUAUGUAUUAUACGAAGAACAGAGAUUUACAUAUCCAAUUAUAUUUCUCAUUUAUUGAGGAGGCAGAGAAGAUUCUUUUAAUUGACAGUAGGCUAUGGUAACGAUGGUUUAUUGGAAACAAUAAUAAAAUAUAGACUAUGACUGGAUUAUGAAUAGUGAUAUUCUUGGACAGUUAUACAUUCAAUUUGCAUUAUUUUUUUCUCCUUAUUCUAAAGUUAAGACUUUUUAUCGACUGUGUUAGAAGGCUCAUAAGUCAUUGAAGACUACAUUGGAGAGUUUGGAUGGUAAAGGAAACUGUGAAGUUAGAGACUACGAUUUGGUAUUAGUUAACGUUACAAUGUGCUUUAUACUCUGUAGUUGUAGUAUUGUAUUGGUUUUAAUAUUCAGGAUUUGUGGAGGUACAGUUUGUCACCAGAAUGAGGUUUCGGAUGUAUCGAAAUCUUUACAGUAUGAACAGGAAAUGGUUCAAAAAGCAGAAGAAAAGUGCAAUGUUAGUAGGCUGUCGGCCUCCGUUAGAAAUGAUAGCUACUGUAAUCAAGUGUUUGAUGGAAUAAUGUGUUGGCCACACACUGAAUCUGGUUCCUUAAGUAUCCAGCCAUGCCCAAGUUAUAUGUACAGUGUUUUACCAAAUGGUAAUGCAUCAAGAAAAUGUUUACGGAAUGGUGAGUGGUACGUUCAUCCGAUCUUUAAUAAAACCUGGACAAACUUAUCUGGAUGCUUUGAUCCAAGUAUACUGAACUAUAAAUCGCCAUCAGUGGUUCCUGCUAUUGUGAAGGAGCACAUGCGAUACAUUCAGAUACUGUAUGAUGUUGGAUACAGUAUAUCGUUGCUGUCAUUACUUAUAGCUGUCAGUAUUAUGCUGUAUUUUAGAAAUCUUCACUGCCAGCGGAACACGAUCCACAUCAAUAUGUUUGUCUCAUUCAUCUUUAGGUCGAUCAUAUGUCUUAUAAAGGACAGUUAUGUUAUCCCUGAAAUCAACAGUAUAUAUAGUACGGAUGAGAAUAAAAAUAUCCUAUCGUUUGGGCAGUCCAUAGGGUGUAAAAUUGUGUACACUUUCUUCUAUUACAUCUUAUCAACUAACUUUAUGUGGAUAUUUAUCGAGGGGAUCUACAUGCAUACAUUUGUCAUGUCUACAAAAUACAAUGUAUCCUCCACUUUAUACAAGACACUGCUGUUAUUUGGAUGGGGUGCACCGUCGACUUUUGUUAUCCCGUGGGUAAUUAUGCGGAUUAAACACGAAAAUACAUUAUGCUGGAGCACCAAUGAUGUUGAUAACAGCUAUUACUGGAUAAUAAAAGGACCAAUCACAGCCACAGUUGUUAUAAAUUUCAUAUUUUUUGUCAAUAUCAUGAGAGUUCUAUAUACCAAAUUAACAGCGUCGCAUACUAGGAAUCCAAAGCGAUACAGAAAAUUAGCGAAGUCGACCUUGAUUUUAAUACCACUAUUUGGAGUGUAUUAUCUUGCCUUUAUUGCUGUGCCUGUAUGCAUGGAACCAAUCUUAGAGGUUAUAUGGCUGUAUACAGAAAUGUUCUUUAACUCCUUUCAAGGAUUUGCAGUGGCAAUACUGUUUUGUUUUAUGAACGAAGAGGUAAGAAGAGAGAUCAGAAAGGUAAAAAGAGAUCAUAAGCUACGACGAAAUAGUCAUAUAUCUAACCGAUCUACGAGUAGAACAGUUGAACAGUUUUUUCCAAGUGAACAUGAUAAUAGUAUGCUUUGCGCAGAAUCUAAACCUGCUAAUGUGCGUUUUGAACUUGAUGAAAAGUCAAGAAUUAUUCUUGAAAAAACGAAACAUUUGUUCAAUGAUGGAAGUGAUCCCAAUUUGAAUACGACUGUGAAUGGAAUAUAUUUGAAUGGAGAGAAUUCAAACCUUGUCUCGCUAACUGAUAGAACAAUUGAGUCAUGAACUUAUACAAUGAACAGUAGUUUAUCGGAUGACAUCAAAAACUCCUGCAAUAUCAAAUUUCACAAUGUAACUUAUACUAACACGGAGAAAGUAUAUCCUAAGCAUUAAGGUUUAACAUUUUGAACACAAUUUUAAGUUGUAAAAUACAGUGUCAGAAAAUAUAA